AUGGAAAGACAAAAUCACUCCAUAGUGUCUGAAUUUAUUUUGCUGGGACUCACAGAGUUUCAUGAGUUACAGAUUUUCUUUUUUUUCUUUUUCUCCAUUAUAUACAUAGCCAUUUUACUAAGCAACCUGAUUAUUAUCUUGGUAGUGAAAUUGGACCCUCAACUGCAGUCUCCCAUGUACUUCCUAUUGGUCAACCUCUCCUCUAUUGAUAUGUCUCUGGCCUCCUUUGCUACUCCUAAAAUGAUCAGUGACUUGAUUAGUGAAAAUAAGGCCAUUUCCUAUGACGGCUGCAUGGCCCAGAUGUUUUUCCUUCACCUUUUAGGUGGAAGUGAGAUGAUGUUGCUCGUAGCCAUGGCAAUUGAUAGAUUAAUUGCCAUAUUCAAACCCCUCCAUUACAAAAAUAUUAUGAGCCAUCGUAUUUGCAUCGAGCUUGCACUUUUCUCCUGGACUACUGGGUUUGUGCACACUAUUAGCCAAAUGGUUUUCACAGUGACUUUACCAUUCUGUGGCCCCAAUGUUGUGGAUAGUUUUUUUUGUGAUCUGCCUCAGGUGAUCAAACUCGCCUGCACUGACACUUAUGUCUUGGAGCUAUUAGUUAUUGCUUUCAGUGGACUACUUUCUUUGUUCUGUUUCAUCUUUCUGUUCAUCUCCUAUAGCAUCAUCCUGAUUACUGUCCAUCAAUGCUCCUCCAGUGGGUAUUCCAAGGCCAUGUCCACUCUUUCAGCCCACAUUACCGUGGUGGUACUAUUCUUUGGACCUUGCCUCUUUAUCUAUAUAUGGCCAUUCAGCCGUGUCUCCAUAGAUAAGAUCCUCUCUGUGUUUUAUACGAUUUUUACUCCCCUCUUAAAUCCAAUCAUCUACUCAUUUAGGAAUAAAGACAUGAAGAAAGCAAUCAUAAAAAUAAAGACCAGGCAUAUAAGUUCCAGAUAA